AUGGGUUUGCUCCCAUGUUCUUGUCCUCUGCCUUGCAAUAAAACCAGAUCAGAAUGUCAAACGAAAUCUACACACCUCCAACCAGAACCCUCCACGUCAUCGUCUCUGCUGUCUCAGCCAAGUCUCCCAUUGGUCCCUUCACUGUCUUUUCUGCGGCGGAGCUCCAACGUUGACCACCAGUGCUUAGCCACACUCAAAGGUCACUCCUCGUACGUCUCUUCUCUCUCCUUCUCCAGGGAAUCACUCUUCACCGGCUCUUCCAACGGCGAGAUACGUGUAUGGCCUCGUGAACCGCCGGAGAAUUCCACCGGUAGCAUUGUUGCCGCCGGAAACGGAGGGGUUAAAUCGUUGGUGAUUCUAGGGGACAAGCUCAUAAGCGCUCAUCACGACCACAAGAUCCGUGUAUGGAAGAUCAUCGACGAGAGUAGCCGCAGAGAUCAAAAGUACAAAUGCGUGGCGACUCUUCCGACGGUGAACGACCGUUUCACGAGUCUAUUCAGUCGGAAAAGCUACGUCGAAGUCCGACGGCACAAGAAGUGCACGUGGGUGCAUCACGUGGACGCCGUGUCGUCUCUGGCCUUGUCACUAGACGGCUCUCUGCUUUACUCUGCCUCGUGGGACCGGAGUUUCAAGAUAUGGACAACCUCCGACUUCAAAUGCUUAGAGUCUAUUGAAAAGGCACACGACGACGCGAUUAACGCAAUCGUGGUGUCUCGAGACGGGUUUGUCUACACGGGGUCGGCAGAUAAGAAGAUCAAAGUGUGGAACAAGAAGGACAACAAGAGACACUCUCUUGUCGCUACUCUUAUGAAACACUUAUCGGCAGUGAACGCUUUGGCAGUUAGUGAAGACGGGAAGAUUCUUUACUCAGGAGCUUGCGAUAGAUCGAUUCUUGUGUGGGAGAGAGUGCGCAACGGAGAUGAUGAUGAGGAAUUGCAUAUGUCUGUGGUGGGAGCUUUAAGGGGACACACGCAGGCGAUUCUUUGUUUAGCGGUUGCGUCUGGUUUGGUUCUGAGUGGAUCCGCAGAUAAGAGCUUGAGGGUUUGGAAGAGAGGAUUCUUGGAGAAAGAAGGUUAUUCUUGUUUGGCGGUUUUGGAAGGACAUACCAAGCCGGUUAAGUGUUUAGCAGUCUUAGUUUCUGAUUCAGAUUCUGAUUCUAAUUCCGGUUAUUCUUCUUGUAUGGUUUAUAGUGGCAGUCUUGAUCUUUCUGUUAAGGUUUGGAACUUAAGGGUCCCAUCUGUGUAA